CAGCUGCCAUGUCUUCAUCCGUGAGUCCACAUCUGUCCAUCCUGCUGUUUUUAGCUCUAUGGACCACAUCUGUACUGACGUUCCCCAUCAACACCAUCACAGAGGGCAGCGGAGACGAGCCCGAACUGAUUUUCCCCACGCCCCGUUCCACCCGCGCACCUCCACGCUCCCCCCCGCGCUCCCCCCCGUCCCCACCUUCACCCUCGUCCUCGCCCUCAUCCACGCCUCUGCCCGAAAUCACCCUCACCUUCAUCCGCAUCAAAGACUUCCUCUUCAACCAGGUGGUGGACUUCCUGCGGGACAACAUGCUCCUCAUCCUGGUCAUCAUGUCGCUCCUCAUCGUCAUGAUCUUCAUCGCCUGCUGCGCCUCCGCCAUGAGCCACAAGCGCAAGCUGGAGGCAUACUACCCCCCGAAAAAGCAAUUACCCAGAAAAGUGACCGCGGCCGGUACAGAACAGGCACAAGCGAAGCCCGAACCUCAGAGCGCCGCCGCCGCCACCAGCUACCAUCGCGCCCCCACCAAAGCUCUAGUGGGUGAGAAGGACGGCAAGGAUCCCAGACCGAAGCCCAGAGAGGUGCAGAGAGCCGAAGACGUGGAGGAGGUGGAGGUGCAGAAGGAGGAAAAGAAGGAGCCGAAGCCGAGCACGUCCACGGCGGGUGGUGACCAGGCUCCGGUGUGUACCUGCCACCUAAAGAAGGCAAAACAAGCGUCACACUGAGAACACAAACACGAUUCUUCAUCUUGAGGGACUUUCAUCCAACAUCCAUCCAACAUCCAUCCAACAUCCAUCCAACAUCCAUCCAACAUCGGACCAAAAAGUGAGAAUUGUACCCAAAAUACACUUCAUGACCAAAAGGAAAAUUCAGCCACACCCACUGCUAACUUAGUUUAAAAUCAACUGCAUAUCUGCACAAUCGGCAGUGCCAUCAAUCUGCUGGGUGGGAAAAGACCGGACUAAUAAGUAGGUGGGGUCUUUGACGCCAUGUAAGGUCCCCGGUUAGCAUCCCGAGGUGCCGGAGGGGGCACUCUUUUGACUAAAUGGGGCACAAACUUCCCCACAAACAAGCUCCAACAUCUUGUGGAAAGCGUUUUCAUAAAAUUUGAGGCUGUUGUGGCUGCUAGGGGUGGGGGAUGGGUGUCCAACAAGCUCAGGGUGUCUACAUACUUUUGGCCAUAUAGUGUAUUGAUCGAAAUAUGAUGUAUUAUAACAUAUUUGAAGAUAUUUGUCGUAUUAAAAGGACAGUAUUAAGGCAGUACGGUGGGAUUCCUGUGAAAUGAGACCCCUGAGCCGCUGGUCUUACUGUUACGUUUCUUUACCUUUCUGGUGACAUUAAUUUUUAUUGAAUAUUACGCCUAUUAAAUGAUGUAUUAUUAUUAUUAUUAUUAUGAUUUUAAGGGGGGUUUAGUAACUGUUAUUCAUUAUUUCAGUUCUAUUAUAACAC